AUGAAAUACGAAUCAGCACAUGCGGAAACGAGCGACCGCGGCUUUGUGGUGGCGGCAGCGGCGGCGGCGUCCGGCCGCAGCGAGCGAACGAACAGCCAGCGAGCGCCUCGCCUCGCCUCGCCACGCCACGCCGUCGCCGCGGCCUUGCCGUAUUUGGCGGUGGACGCCGGCAGUUUUUGUGAUACCACUCGAUUUCGAUUGCUGAGGAGCAUAACACUCAAAUGUGAACGCUUCUUUGCUGCAAUUUCUUGGCGUGACGACCCCGCUCGCGGCCUCCUUGACUCGCCCCACCGCCACCGCCACCGCCACCCCACCCCCGCCCGGCGAAGCGGGUCACGACUCCCGCGCGGCCGCAGCGCGCCCGCCUUUGGAAGUGUCCCAGAGCCCUCGCUCGCCUCGUCAAGGCCCCCGGCCACCUGGACGCUGGACGCUGCGCCGCGCGCCGCGCCCGCCGCACACAGUUGGCACGUGCGAAACAUCAAACCGCACACAGUUGGCACGUGCGAAACAUCAAACCGCACACAGUUGUCACGUGCGAAACAUCCCAACCCGCACACACAAACAAUGCAAAGAAAUACUGUUCAGCUAUUUUCUGGAAAUUCUGGUCUUGUUCUCGUGUCUGCAGGCAACGCCUACAGGAUAGGCAACCCUUUCUACAUCGAGAAACUACCGGAUUAUAGUAAAUUGCCAGUAAUUUCUAUGCCUAAACGGAUAAGAAACCGGAAGGAAGACGAAGAAGAAGAGGAAGAAGAAGAGGAAGAAGAAGAGGAAGAAGAAGAGGAAGAAGAAGAGGAAGAAGAAGAGGAAGAAGAAGAAGAGGAAGAAGAAGAGGAAGAGAGAGAAAGAAAAAAGAAGAAAGAGAGAGAGAGAAGAAGAGAGAGAGAAGAAGAGAGGAGAGAAGGAAAAGAGAGAGAAGAAAGAGAAGAGCGAGAAGAGGAAGAGAGAGAAAGAGAAGAGGAGAAGAGAAGAGAGAAGAGAAGCAGAAGACGGAGGAAGAGAAGAGAAAGAGGAGAUGAGAAGAGAAAGAGGGGAGAGAAGAGAAGAGGAGAGAGAGAUAACAAAACGUUACCAUGGCACACUACAAAGGUGCUGCCAGCGAAGCUGGCCGAGCCAUGCAUUUAAUGAAGAAAAGAGAAAAAGCCCAGCAGGAAAUAGAAUUGAGGAAGAAAAAGAUUGAAGAAGACUUGAAAAUUUCAAACAUAGAAAAUAAAUUUGCAGCACAUUAUGAUGCAGUGGAACAGCAGCUUAAGAGUUCUACAAUUGGUUUAGUAACUCUUAAUGAAAUGAAAGCAAAACAAGAGAACAUAGUCAAAGAACGUGAACGAAAGCUGGCUCAAAAACAAUUAGAAAAGGAGAGAGAAAAACAAAGACAACUGGAAGCAAAACAGGCUGAGAAGAAUCGACAAAAACAACAGAUACAGGCCUUAUCAUUCAGUUUAGAUAAUGAUGAAGAUGAGGAGGAGGAAGAGGAGGAAGAAGAGAUAGAAGAAGAAGAGGAAGUUGAAAAACCUGAUUCCCCUCCUCCUGUGAAAAAGAUUCGGAAAAAUCCAGAUGUGGAUACAAGUUUUCUUCCUGAUCGUGAGCGUGAAGAUGAAGAAAAAAAACUUAGAGAAGAGUUACGGCAGGAAUGGGCAGCCAAGCAAUCGACCUUGAAAGAAGAAGAGAUUGAAAUAACUUUCAGUUAUUGGGAUGGUUCAGGUCACAGAAGAACAGUGAGAAUGAAAAAAGGAAAUUCAAUGUAUCAGUUUUUGCAAAGAUGUCUGGAACUAUUGCGAAAAGAAUUCAGUGAACUAAAAACUGUCACAGCGGACCAAUUGAUGUACGUCAAAGAAGAUCUUAUUCUCCCUCAUCAUUAUACCUUUUACGAUUUCAUUGUCACUAAGGCUCGUGGGAAAAGUGGUCCAUUGUUUCAGUUUGAUGUCCACGAUGAUGUACGUCUUGUUAAUGAUGCUACAGUGGAAAAAGAGGAGAGCCAUGCUGGUAAAGUCUUGCUUCGUAGUUGGUAUGAACGUAAUAAACAUAUUUUCCCAGCUAGUAGAUGGGAACCUUAUGAUCCAACUAAGAGUUAUGAUAAGUAUACUGUAUCUGAUCGUAAUAAAAAAUAAAUGUUGUCAGCAACAGUAAAGGAGUUUUCGUACCUGUGGUAUUCAUCUCAGUUGAACAUCAUUGUAUAUAUCUGUAUUUUUGUAGAGAUUAGAACAUCAAAUUUGUUACCUGUUCUUAAGUUUUUAAAACUUGACUUGUGAAUUUAUUUACAUUUUGUUAAAACAUUACACAAAUGAUUGUGAAUAUUAAAGUCUUUUUAUAACUGUAUUAAUAUUAUUUAUUAAACUUGUUUUCAGGGCAAAUAAAAUUUUUAAUUUAAAAUAAAUUGAUGCUAUUGAGAACUAUUCUUAUAAUGAUCUGCAUUUCAUCCAAUCUUUCAGUAAAGUUCAAAAACAGUUGGCUUUAUCACACUACUAGCAAAAUACCAAGUGUAGCCCAUUCAUUUUGUAUUCAAUCCUUGUGAAAAAGAAAAGAGGUGUGGGUGUCUGUCUGUCUCUGUCUCUCAAGAAAGU